CCGCCAGCCUGAACGCCGUACGCGGCGCCCCGGGGGAGAAGGGCAAAGCGACGCGGCUAUGGCUCCGCGGGGACUCCCGGGGUCCGCCGUCCUCGCCGCUGCCGUCUUCGUGGGAGGCGCCGUGAGUUCGCCGCUAGUGGCCCCGGACAAUGGUGGCAGCCGCACUUUGCACUCGAGAACAGAGACGACCCCAUCGCCUACAAACAAUACUGGGAAUGGACAUCCAGAAUACAUUGCAUAUGUGCUUGUCCCUGUCUUCUUCAUCAUGGGUCUCUUUGGAGUCCUCAUCUGUCAUUUGCUUAAAAAGAAAGGUUAUCGUUGUACUACAGAGGCUGAGCAAGACAUCGAAGAGGAAAAGGUUGAAAAGAUAGAGUUGAAUGACAGUUUAAAUGAAAAUAGUGACACUGUUGGGCGAAUUGUCCACUACAUCAUGAAAAAUGAAGCAAAUGCUGACGUUUUAAAGGCUAUGGUGGCAGAUAACAGCUUGGGUGAUAUUGAAAGUCCAGUGACCCCCAGCACCCCUGGGAGCCCACCUGUGAGUCCUGGGCCCUUGUCACCAGGAGGUACCCCAGGGAAGCAUGUCUGCGGCCACCAUCUACACACAGUGGGUGGAGCUGUGGAGAGAGAUGUGUGUCAGCGGUGUCGGCACAAGCGAUGGCACUUCAUAAAACCCACCAACAAGUCCAGAGAGAGCCGGCCACGGCGCCAAGGUGAAGUCACUGUCCUCUCUGUUGGCAGGUUUAGAGUUACAAAAGUGGAAAAUAAGGCAAACCAGAAGGAGCGGAGAAGUUUGAUGUCUGUUAGUGGGACGGAGAGCGUCAAUGGAGAGGUGCCUGUAACACCUGUGAAGAGAGAGCGAAGUGGCACAGAGUAACAGCAGUGACUUUAUUUGAAGAGUUCUAAGAGACUGAAAAUUUACAAGAUAUGAAGUCGCCUAAGGAAUAUUUUUAUAUAUUUUAUACAAUUUCUAUCAUGAAGCCAGCCGGCAUGUGGAUACAGCCUCAAAGGGAAUAUUGUUACUGUGCUAGAAACAGAAUUCAGUUUCCUUUGAAACAAGUUUUGGUUUAAAAAGUGUCUUGAAAAAAUGUAUUACAUUUUCAGGGAGGGAAAGAGCUCAUUUUUUUAAUCUUGUCAGCGGCCCCCAGCCACCAUCUGUCCCAGUUGUCUAUCCCUGGGCUUGGGGUACACACUGUUUCCCCUUAGGAUCAUUAUGUGACAUACUGUGGAAUUAGUCCUGUAUAGUCUGAGCUCAUGCUCUGUGUAUAUGUGUGUUUCCCUUUCCAUCCCCCCAAAGUUUACCAUCCCCUUUUGAUACUGAUUGCAAGAAAAUCUCCAAUCAUUUCACCUCUAACCUUCCUUGCAUUGUCUCGCACAUUAGAUUUCCUAGCCAGACUGUUACAAACAAAGAAACUUGAGUGACAAAAGGUCCUUGGAAAUAAUCUAGUCUAGUACUGAGAAAUUGAUCCUCCAAGAGAUGGGGAGUCCAGUGGGACCAGAUGCUAGACCUUGGCUUCCUAGUCCAAGAAUUCAGCAUUAACUCUGCUACCACCUUGCCACUCCCAGGUCACUGUUUUAGUCAGUUUUGUUUUGGUUAUUUUCUUCACUGCUGUGAUCGAAAGAACUGACAAAAACAAUUUUAGAGAAGUAAAAGUUUACUUGGCACUCAUGGUUUCAGAGGUCUCAGUCCA